CGCUCCCACGAGCGCUCGCUCGCCCCGCUCCCACGAGACGGCCGCCGGCCCGCGCGCGGGCGCCGAGGUGCUACCCAUGGCAUGCCUAAACCCAGAGCCGAAAGAGGAGUGACUUACAAGCGGCCAGGGCUGCGUCCUCUGGAGCCCAGGGCUUGGUGGUGAGCCGCGAGGGCCGCCGGGGCCUGUCCAGCCGGCACCAUGGAGAGGAUCAGCGCCUUCUUCAGCUCCAUGUGGGACACCAUCUUGGUCAAACACCAGGAGGGCGUCUUCAACACCAUCUGCCUGGGCAUCCUCCUGGGGCUGCCGCUGCUGGUGCUGCUCACCGCCGUCUUCAUCUGCUGCCACUGCUGCUGGAGCCGGCCAGGCAAGGGCAGCCGGCAGCCAGAGCAGAACAGGAGGAAGAAGAGGAGGAAGAAGGACGAGGAAGACCUCUGGAUCUCGGCGCAGCCCAAGCUCCUGCAGAUGGAGAAGAGGCCGUCUCUGCCCGUCUAGUGAGGCAGGAAGCUGGCCUGUCCUCCCUCUGGGGCUGAGCCUCCUUCCCACCGCACAGAGACCGGGCAGCCCAGAGGACACGCUCCUGUCCACAGAGUUCACUGCUCGACCAAGGAACAAACCGCAGACUGCGUGUCCCGGCAGGUGACACCCCCAGGGGCACACAAGCGGGCGAUUCUUGGGCACCGUCUUGGCGGCCAUGUGUCCCUAGCAAUGAAUGGCUUUACCACACUUCCAGGCACGUCUUCCGUCGGUCGCUGGCAUACCCCAGGCUCAAACGCACAAGGAACAUUGAUCCACCCAUCCCGACACGGCUCCCAGUUGUACACACACACACACACACAUCCACCUAGGUGACAGGUACGAGGGAAAGUACACUGUGUUCACCAAAUGGCCAUGGCACGUGCCCAUUGGGCAAGGCAGGACAUUACGCACACUUACAAAAAAUAUGUUACAGGAGGGCCGGGCCAGAUUGAGGCACAUCCUCACAACUGCACAACCAGGCAAGGGCCCCCGUGCACUGUGUAUUCCAUACACCACUCAGGUUAGAGGCGCUCGCUUUCCUGGUCCUGUGCCUGCGUGGCCUUUUACUGGAAGGACUCUGGGACAGUGCAACCCCUGCGUGUAUUGAUGCACACACACCAAGCUCCUGUGCUCCAACCCUGCUCUGCCGGCGUGGCAAAGGGGGAAGCGAGAUGGCUCAAAAUUCUCCGAAAGUUCUUUUCUUACAGCGCAUGACAAGGUCCUCGUUACCACUGAGAGGUAUUUAACGUGCUCGGAGCCCUCUGUCGAGAUGCCGCCCCCACAGCCACCCAGCCGGACGCCUUUUCUUAGCAUGAACACACAGAUCUUGGCGGCGACUACUGGCGAACCACGGAAGCCGCUCACACACUUGAGUGGCUGCGACUGUGACCCUGUGCGGUGUAGGCGUCACGGUUGGAAAGGAGCAGGGGAUGCUGCCCCUGAGCUGAGUAGCACCUGGGUGAGCAGAGGUUUUCAGCAGGGAGGGAACCAAGACAGUGAGCAGUGGGGUCUCCCAGACGGCACUGGGAAUGAUUUGUGCUGGUGUGUGCUGUGUUGCAGGAGGGAAGCAGGGUGAAUUUGUAAAAAGGUUUAUUUAUUUAUUUUGAUGCUCAGGCAAGUGCCUUGCAUACAGUAGGUACUCAUAACUGCAAUUGCUGUUGAUGCGAUGAUGUUAAGGGUAUGCUCCUAAUACCUCACCACGUCCCCCAAGUGACCUUCUCCUCCCGGAACGCCCACUAACUGUUGCAGUGGACGGACCCGGCAUUCAGAUUCCACAGGACAGGACCCACAGAAGUGAGGGGCAGCCAGCCCAUGGGCCCUGAGGUACGCAAGGACUCGCAAACAGGGAGUCACAGAGCGCGUCCCCACCAGGCUGGGGCUGGGAGGUUAACCCACCUGUAUGACAAACCGGUUGGCAUCCUGACCACACCCCAAAGCUGGCCGGUUCCCCACUUGGAAGCAGGAUGUGUGUCCAAGAGGUCGCUGUCAAUGUCCCCGAGGGGCUCUUGAACGGCUUCCCCCACAGAAGAGGUUCCUACACGGCGGCAGGUCCCUUGUCGAGGAGCCUGGCCAAGCCACAAACCGAGUCCCCCAAGGCUGUGCUAAUGGGAAGACGUGCCGGAUCACCCCCUGGGCCCCCGGGACUCGCCUCCCCUCCAGGAGUUCUCCAGGCCUGUGGAGCAGGGGCGUCUGCUGGUGCCUCUUGCCCCAGGGCCUCGUAGCACGGGACCCUGGGAGGCACAGAUCAAGCCGGCAUGUAUUUAGGAGCCAGUCAUGUUCUCCCUCCCCUCGGUGGCCCGAAUUCCAUGGGCACUCAGGCGCACCACCACGCAUAAAAACCCUUAGAGCAGGGAAAGAAACACCCUGAUGGUCGUGUGGCACCCGGCUAACCCUUCCCGUCACAGGCUGACAAGUCACAUCCCCACUCCUACUGCACUGCCACCCCUCCUGUCCCCAACUCUCCGCACCCCGACAGUGGACGGCUGGGGGAGAUGCGGAGACUGACAGCCAAGACAGCCGUCCGAUAUGAUCUGGGACCAUACGGGUCACAGUUCCCAUGGCAACCAGCUGCCAGUGGGGAUUCCGGCAGCAGUCAGUGGUCCUUGCUGUGACGAGGCCUCUGUCUCCAGGCCAAGUGUCCCUGCUGCCCCCUAAGUGAAUGGACUUGCCCUAGCUCCAGGCAUGAAACACACAGACGCUCACUCCUCACCCUGAGAGCCGGGUGGGGCUUGUCCCUUCCCCACCCCUCCCAGCCCCCCUCAGCCACCAUGCAUGCCUGGAAUGGCACCAGGCACCCGCGGGGCCCUCAUGGUUCUGGUGGGUGAGUGGGCGCAGGAGAGGAGCCCGAGGUGACCCUUGGUGUCCUCUCCUUUCCCCCCAGUUUACUCUCGGCGUCCUUUGCUCCCUCUUCUCCCGGCCCCGGGCCAGCUGCACCCCUGAUCCCUCUCCACUUUUCCUCCCCCUUCCACUGGCCCCUGGUGGCACCCCGGAGACUGGAGCCAAAACAAGAGGAUUCAUAAAAGGGGCUUCCCGGGCCAGCACGGGAGGAGCUCGCCCCGCCCGAUGUCUGGCAGCUUCAGCCCGGCUCUGCCGCCUGCGCCAGGUCUCCGACCGCCUCGCUCUGUGUAUCUGCUUUAGAGCUUUCUUGGGGGGAGGGGGGAGGGUGGAACGGAUAUCAAAGCGGAACAGUGUUUGUCAGUAUUGUUUUCUGUACAAGUCACACACGAGGAGAUUUAUUUAAAUAAAAGA